AGAAGAGCUACGUGCUAUUACAACACAGACCCAGCUGUAGUUGGUACCGUUAGCUCUCUUUCGUAGUUGGGUCUCCAGCUUGUUUGAUAUAUAAAAAAAUCAGACUUGAUUGACCAUUGAUUACAGAAUACGCCAUUGUUAGUCCCAUUCUUUGCAAAUGGCGGGUACUGCGUUGAAAAGGCUGAUGGCCGAGUACAAACGUGGAGCAGUUGGACUGUGUUUGAUGGAUCUGGGAAACAAGAACGUCAUGACCGAGUUUACAGAGCUAACUCUCAAUCCUCCAGAAGGAAUUGUGGCAGGUCCUGUUAAUGAAGAGAAUUUCUUUGAAUGGGAAGCAUUGAUCAUGGGUCCCGAAGACACGUGCUUCGAGGGGGGAGUGUUUCCAGCCAUUCUGAGUUUCCCGUCAGACUAUCCUCUCAGCCCCCCCAAGAUGAGAUUCACCUGUGAAAUGUUUCACCCCAACAUAUACCCCGACGGCCGCGUGUGCAUCUCCAUUCUGCACGCCCCCGGAGAUGACCCCAUGGGCUACGAGAGCAGUGCCGAACGCUGGAGCCCCGUACAGAGUGUGGAGAAGAUCCUCCUCUCUGUGGUCAGCAUGCUGGCCGAGCCGAAUGACGAGAGCGGAGCCAACGUUGACGCUUCCAAGAUGUGGCGCGAAGAGCGAGAGCAGUUCUACAUCAUCGCCCAGCAGAUCGUUCGCAAAUCCCUGGGUCUCUAAUAACGUUCUUCUCGCUCCCAAUUCCUUUAAAGUUGUUUUUGUCACUCACUCCUGUGAAGACUCCGAAGAGAAAACGUAUGCGAUGGAGAAUACAUCCUUUCUCCUACCCCCCUCCCCCACAAUUGCUUAUCACAGUAGUACCCCAUCCCCCUUUAGACUUGCUUAUCAGAAUUCUUCCUCCCUCUAGGACUAUUAUCACGAGGUGUUUCCGGUGGAGUCCGCUGUGGAGGAUGCGCACAGUGUGUCGGUUCUGACCCGAGCAUUAGUUUCUUCCUCUUCCCUUCUCCUUGAAGCACUUUAAUUCUUCCCAAGGACACUUCGUAGCAAUGUAGUCCGCUCCUGCUGUCUUUACAGAACACAACACUGACCUGGUUUGUUUUCAGUUUCAUUCAAAGAACAUUGCCCAGGACUUUUGCCAUCUUGUAGGGAAGGACUAUCUAGACGAGCCAGUGCUUCGUUUUUGGCGAGAGAGACGGCGUGGGAAACCUGCAGCGAUUCAUGGCGUCUCUGUAGUCAAACUGCUUUCUCCCACUGUUUAGUCUAUACAUUUACACUUGCUUUCCUGUGGGAAGGAUCACUCCAUAAUGGAGGUACUUUUAAGGACUCUGUCAAUGUGUUAUAUUGUUAUAUGGCGCUAUAGCUUUAGUAAGGAGUUGAUUAUUCCUUAUAAAAUUUACUGGGGGGGGGGGGGUUACCCACUGGAAUUUCUAUUAUUUUGGAUGCAUCUGUCUAACGUAACGGUGUCACCAAAAUGUUACGUUUGAACAGAUAGUUAAGAUCGGUCAUAUUUAAGUGGCUUUUUCUGUGUGUACUUUACAAAGCGCUCAUUUUCCAGCCCAGGUUCAGUUGAACAUUCAUGUUGGAGUAAUCUUUGUCGCUUGAUGGACAAUCAUGGAGAUCCAACCGGAUAUGAAGCUGUGUCAGAGACAGCACUCUGGGUUAAACUGGGACAAAGUUAGUGAAGUAACAGGCAUAUUACUGGAAAAUAGUCGUUUCCAGCUUCAAAUAUAUCUCACCAGCAUAUGUCUGCCAGCAGUGCUUGCUUGUCUUUUAUUUCUCAGUCAUUUUAGAUCCUUUCAUGUGUGUUUUAAGAAUUUGAUCUGAACUCAGAAUGUGUAAACUGGGUUGAGAGGACUUGUGGAUCCCAUGUUGUAUUUUACUCAUUCUAACGUUCCUCAACAUUUCUUAGCCUUCAUUCUAACACUGCACAUAGUGCUUUUGUAGGAACUACAGGAGGUAUUAUGACAGAAAUUGCCUUGUGUCAUUUUAUUAUUUGGCGAUGAUUUUGAAAUAAAGGAGAGGACAUUCCUCUGCCAGAACA